AUGGUGUCACUAGACAAAGAGGAGGUCAAUGAACGAAUGACCGAAAUGGAUACGGACGGAGAUAAAUUGGUUUCGUGGGAUGAGUACGUGGCGGACUCGUUCCCCGAACAAGAUAUCAAGAAACUCGACCCAGAUGAUAGGAAAUUGAUGGAUGAAGAUGCGUUGUACUUCAAAGCCGCGGAUGUGGAUGGUGACGGCAAGCUCAACGAGGAAGAGCUAAGUGCUUUUCUCAAUCCAGAGAACUACAAGCACAUGCACAAGAUACUUGUUGAUGUAACAAUGAAAGAAAAAGAUACAAAUAAGGAUGGCGCUAUAAAUCUGAAUGAGUUUCUUGGCGAAAUGGCUGACAAUUCACAGAGCGAAUGGCAUAAGGUGGAGUCAGACAGGACAGCAGCUGGAACCGCUUUUCAUGACUUCCUUCAGUGGUGUGAGAAAAAAUCUCAAGUGGUCGGAGGAGAAAAAGAUAUUUUGAAAUAG